GUGACAUUCGACCAAUCAGCUUUGAGAGCUGACUUCCGCCUUCCUAUAUUUAAAAGGUCACAGCUGGAAAAUUUUCAGACAUUUUCAGCGUGACUAACUUAAAAGUCGUGUGCUGACUUGCUUCGGUCUUUUCUUCCCUGAAAAAGCUGUGUUUUAGGAAUCAUGCGUGAGUGUAUCUCUGUGCACGUCGGCCAGGCAGGUGUCCAGAUAGGAAAUGCCUGUUGGGAGCUCUACUGUCUGGAACAUGGAAUUCAGCCUGAUGGACAAAUGCCUAGUGAUAAGACAAUCGGGGGAGGAGAUGAUUCCUUCAAUACUUUUUUCAGCGAGACCGGAGCUGGGAAGCAUGUCCCGAGAGCGGUUUUUGUGGACCUGGAACCCACGGUCAUUGAUGAGGUGCGGACGGGAACUUAUCGACAACUAUUCCACCCUGAGCAGCUGAUCACUGGAAAAGAAGAUGCCGCAAACAACUACGCGCGUGGGCACUACACAAUUGGCAAAGAGAUCAUUGACCUGGUGCUGGACAGACUCCGUAAACUGGCCGACCAGUGCACUGGCCUUCAAGGUUUCCUGGUGUUCCAUAGCUUUGGUGGUGGUACCGGUUCUGGUUUCACCUCCCUGUUGAUGGAGCGCCUCUCCGUCGACUACGGCAAGAAGUCUAAACUAGAGUUUUCGAUCUACCCAGCUCCGCAGGUGUCCACUGCUGUGGUAGAACCCUAUAACUCUAUCCUGACCACACACACCACUUUAGAGCACUCAGACUGUGCCUUCAUGGUCGAUAAUGAAGCCAUCUAUGAUAUCUGCCGCAGGAAUCUCGACAUAGAGCGUCCGACUUAUACUAACUUAAACCGUUUAAUUAGUCAGAUUGUGUCGUCAAUUACGGCUUCGCUUCGCUUCGACGGUGCCCUCAAUGUUGAUCUGACUGAAUUCCAGACCAAUCUGGUGCCAUAUCCUCGUAUCCACUUCCCACUCGCCACGUACGCUCCAGUCAUCUCUGCCGAGAAGGCGUACCACGAGCAAUUAACCGUCGCCGAAAUCACCAACGCCUGUUUCGAGCCAGCCAAUCAGAUGGUGAAAUGCGACCCUCGUCACGGCAAGUACAUGGCGUGCUGCCUUCUGUACCGCGGCGACGUCGUGCCCAAAGAUGUCAAUGCGGCUAUCGUUUCCAUUAAAACCAAACGCACCAUCCAGUUUGUGGACUGGUGCCCCACUGGGUUUAAGGUUGGUAUAAAUUAUCAACCGCCCACUGUGGUUCCUGGUGGGGAUCUGGCCAAGGUCCAGAGGGCCGUGUGCAUGCUCAGUAAUACUACCGCCAUUGCAGAGGCCUGGGCCCGACUGGACCACAAGUUUGAUCUCAUGUAUGCGAAGCGUGCCUUUGUUCAUUGGUACGUCGGUGAGGGUAUGGAAGAGGGCGAGUUCUCAGAGGCCAGGGAGGAUAUGGCGGCUCUGGAGAAGGAUUACGAGGAGGUUGGCGUAGACUCCAUAGAGGGUGAUGAAGAGGAGGAAGGAGAGGAAUAUUAACCGGCACAAAUGAAGUUGUUUUUGAGUUACCAUCAAAUUGGCUGCGUUUACUGAAAUACUUGCUGUGUGUACUGAAAUCCCAAUUUGCUGCAAUGUAAUUUAUAUUAAUACCAAAGAAAUGUAAUAAAGUUCUACAAGUUGAUGAAA